AUGCGUCAAUUCCAUGUGCUCCUGGCAUAUGCGCUCUCGCUGUGCCUUGGAGUCCAAGCUGCAGACUACCAUGAGCAGCUGAACCUGCGGCCGUUGCCCCUGUCCGCGCUGCUCGCCAGCUUCAACUUCCGAUCCAACACGAGCAUAUCCGAGUUCGAGGCACACAACUUCCGCUUCUUCCCGAGAUCACUCGGCCAGAUCUUGCAGUACUCGGAUACAAAGGAGCUCCAUCUGAGGUUUGGUCUCGGGAGAUGGGACGCCGAGAGCUGGGGUGCGCGGCCGUGGAACGGCGCGAGAGAGGGAGGCACCGGGGUUGAGCUGUGGGCAUGGCUUGAUGCUGAUACAGAUGAGGAAGCCUCACACAAGUGGAAAAACUUGGUCAACGCCUUGUCGGGCCUCUUCUGCGCGUCCCUCAACUUCAUCGACGACACCCGGACGACCCGGCCCGUCAUGUCUUUCCUGCCCGAGGGCCACCACUCCGAAGCUGCGAAGGAUAACAUGCAUCUGCUCUACGGAGUUCUCCCUAGAGAGGUUGUCUGCACAGAAAACCUGACCCCCUUCCUCAAGCUCCUGCCAUGCAAGGGCAAGGCCGGCAUUGCGAGCUUGCUGGACGGCCACAAGGUCUUUGACGCGUCAUGGCAGAGCAUGGCCAUUGAUAUUCGUCCUGUCUGCCCCGCUGGCGGCGAGUGCGUGCUUGAGAUCGAGCAGACGAUCGAUAUGGUCUUGGACCUGGACAGAUCCAAGCGACCGCGUGAUAACCCCAUCCCUCGACCGCCUCCGGGCGAGCAGCUCAAGUGCGACACUUCCAAAGAAUACCACUCGGACGACACCUGCUUCCCCGCCGAUUACAACCUUCAUCAGGACUGGACCCUAUCGCAGAUCUUUGGCAAGUCCAUGAAAGGCACUUGUCCUCUCGCAGACCCCGAGACGCCCCCCGUAUGCAUUCAAGUGCCCGACUCUCGGAGCAUCUACAUGGGCGCUGGCAUAACAGAGAUCAAAAACCCCAACGGAGUGUCCCGAUGCUACAAAAUUGACCCCGAGGCCAACUUUGAGAUUGUUUUGCCGGACCUCGAGGCUGGGGCCGAUGGCCUCUUGAAGCCCGAGACGCCUCCACUGUACGCUGAGCGCAGCUUUACGGGACACGGCGCUGAGCGCGGUGGUGUGCAGACAAUAUUCAGGAACCCGAGCCCUGACACCGAGGUUGAGUUUGUCUACAUGGAGUCGCUGCCUUGGUUCAUGAGGGUCUACCUCCACACGCUCAAGGCACGCAUUGCAGAGGGCUCUACCAAGAAUGGCGAGGUCGUCCAGGAGAUCUACUACCGACCGGCCGUGGACCGGGCCAGAGGCACCCAGCUCGAGCUCAAGAUGCGCAUCCCGCCCGCUUCGACCGUGUUCCUUACGUACGACUUUGAGAAAUCCAUUCUACGAUACACGGAAUACCCGCCCGACGCAAACCGCGGCUUCGAUGUCGCUGCGGCCGUCAUCACCAUUCUCAGCCCGCAGUCUGUGACUGGCCGCUUCCCCACCCCGAACCUGCGCACCACUUCGCUGCUUCUUAGCCUGCCCACUCCCGACUUCAGUAUGCCGUACAACGUCAUCAUCUUCACCUCGACAGCCAUCGCGCUUGCCUUUGGCGGCAUGUUCAACAUCCUGGUGAGGAGGUUCGUGGCUGCCGACGAGGGCCCCGAAGCCGGGCUGAAGGUGCUGAUGGGGAAGCUGGCAGGGCGUUUUAAGGGACUGCUUGGCAAGAAGACAGGUGCAGCUACCAAAGGUGAGGGUAAGGAGGAGUGA